AAGCUCACAAAGUUGCAGCUCAUUGUCACAAAGUGGAGGUAAUAUGCCAGGGAAGAACAUUAAUCACCUUGAAAUGAAUUCUAGCAAGCUUCAGAACAAGUGUCUCAAACAACUUAAUGAGCCACAAAUGAUAAAGGCUCAGCAGGCAAAGCAACAGUUUCAACAACGACAAAUGACAAAGCAAUUAAUGCAAAAUAAAGAGCACAUAGAGCUUCAGCACCACCGGCAGCCUGCGAUGUUACUGGCACAACAGAGUCCACAGCUUUAUCAGAUGAAUGAAGUAAACAGCAUGAAAGUGAGACAAGGAAUGGGUGUUAAAGCAGGGAAUUGUCUGCAACACCAUUCUGUAGGCAAGCUCUCAGUGAAUAACCCUUGUUUCGUGAAGCCUGAAGCUCUAUCCCCUAUGUCUUUACCUCAACUCCUUCAGACAGCAUCCCCUCAAAUUCCACAACAUUGUUCCCCACUGAGUGACCAGAAAAUUUUGCAAACAUCUUUUAGAAAUUCUGGGAAUCGUUUGCAAUCGUCAAAUUCAAUGUCCGUUGCUCCUCCUUCAACUUCGUUGGGUCCAUUACCCAUUAAAGGAGAUUUCAAUAGACUUACUUCUGUUGUUUCCUCAAUCACAAAUUCUGCAAAUAAUGAACUAAAAGAAACAUCUGAUGCACUAGCUCUGGACACAUCCUUUGUGAUUUCCACUCCUGGGCUUUCACCCUCACUCUUGCUUGCAGAGAGUGAUCUGGAUCAAAAUCAUAAUCAUGUUUCAACAACAGAAUUUUGUGAGCCAAGUGUUACUGAGGAGCCUAUUCAGCAAUUAAUUAAAGUGGUGAGAUCAAUGUCUUACGAAGCAUUAAGUUCUUCUGUUAGUGACAUGGAGUCAAUUGUGAGAAUGGUUGAGAGGACAGCAGGAUCAAUACCAGGUAAUGGAUCUCGAUCUGCAGUUGGUGAGGAUUUGGUGCCGGUAACUAAUUUUCGUUUACAAGGAGCAAAGCUAGAUGGGAAUUCUAUGACAAUGAAAAUGAGGCGCUAUGCAAGAGCAAUGCCAUCAAACACUGUUGCAUCAGGCUGCAUAACUGAUAGUUGCAAGCAGUUCACAGAUCCUAAGACAUGUGAUGAGUCGUCAACUGCAACAUUGCAUAACAAGAGGCCUAGGGUUGAGGUAAAUUGGACGCUAUUGAAAGAAAUAAGGGAGAUAAACCAGCAAUUGAUAGACACUGUCGUUGAUAUCAGUGAAGUUAAUUCAACAGGAGCAACAUCUGUAACUGAAGGUGAUGAAGGAACCAUUGUCAAGUGCUCUUUUAAUGCUAUCACCAUCAAUCCUAACAUGAAAACUGAACCUGCUUCAGCUCCAGUGUCACCUAUACUGCCCUUACGAUUGCUUGUUCCAAGAAAUUAUCCAGCUUGUUCCCCUGUACUCCUAGACAAGUUGCCAGCAGAAGUCAGUACGGGGAGUGAAGAUUUAUCGGUAAAAGCAAAGUCAAAGCUGAGUAUCAUUCUUCGAAAUGUGUUGCAACCUAUGUCGCUUGGAGAGAUAGCAAAGAAUUGGGAUGUUUGUGCCCGUGCAGUCAUAUCUGAAUAUGCUGAGCAGAAUGGCGGAGGGACCUUCAGUUCAAGAUAUGGGACCUGGAAAAACUACCUCGGUGCUGCUUGAUCAGUCAUCGCUUUAAUUGGCAAGAAAUGUUGUUAUUGAUCAAAAUUUCAUGAAAGGAAACAUGUAUAUAGGUUAUUUAAUCUUUGUAGAAAUUUUUUUUUUUUUUUUUUUUCCCUACUUCUUUGAGAAAGCAGAAUCUGACAUGCUCAUGACUCAAAUUAUAAUCCAAAUCUGAAGAAUUUAUGUA